CGGCGCGUUAUGUAUUCUCGUAGCGCGCCCAAACAAAAACAAAUAGUGAUAUGAGCUGUACAUCCCCUAGCGUUAUUUUCCGACUGACUCUCCUAACUUUAACGUUGAUAAUAUCGUGCACAUUCAUCGCUAGUGUUGUGUGGUUAUUACGGACGAGGGGCUCGGCCAGUCAAUAUGAAAAUUACUACUUGUCGCGAAUUAAUAUAAGUGCUAGAACUAGUGAAGUUAAUACUACAUCGCAACCCGUGUCGGAUCACUACAAAGAUCUGAUUAAGAUAGAGAUCGCUAUGAGGCGAGUGGAGGAGAACAGUAGGAGAUUAAAGGAAUAUACUAAGUCGCUCCUUUGGGAUAACAAGGACAAAUCCCUGUGGUGUGUUUUGUUUAAAGAUAGUGAGAGAGGGGAUAAGUCUUUGAUACGUGCAGGGAAAAAUAGGAAUAUAAUUGACGAAGACUAUAUACGUGUGUUGCGCGAACAGAAAAUGAGAGAGGCCACUAUACAUUUGAGGCAUCAUGGUUCACACCAUCGUCGGAGACCAGAAGUGUUACCCAACAUGCCGUAUAUAAAAUAAAAGUGAACUACUGGAUUUGUAAAUAAUAAAAAAAUUAUAGUGUAAAUAUAUUUUUUUAUAAAAUCAUGUAAAUAAAUGUAAUCAGCUUAAUCUGACAAUAUUUGGAUUCAAUCAAGUGUUUGCAAAACAUUGUGUGUAAGUUUAUUAUUAACGAUUCGUUUUCUAUUUUUUAUCAAAAUCUUUUUAAUAUCUUAUUUGAAGUUAUGAAGAAAAGGUAAAAUUAAUGAAUUUAUUGUCAUCGCUUUUUGAAUUGUAUAAGUUAAAUAAAUUUUAUUAUAAAAUUAUAAUAACAAAUUUCUCAAAUAUAAUUUGAAUCACAACGUUUCAUGUUCUUUUAUAUAUUUAACUGACUUUUUGAUUUUAUGGAAUUUCAAUGUGUUUCUGUAGAUCAAUUUAAUACUAUAAAUAUUAAAUUAAAAAAAAUCAUUUGUUGUAAAAGUGUUCAUGACAAUGUGAAACGUUAUUUAGAAAAAUUAAAAGCUUUAUAAAGAAAAAAAACCUUUUUUAAUUAACCGAAAAUUUUAUUUAUUUAAAAUGGACUUACAUAUGAAUAUAUACGCAGCUUUAAUAAUCUUUGGGGCUUAGAAGUUCUUGUAAUUAAAAUAAUAAGUAAUAAUGGUAUAGCAAAUUGAUUAAAUAAUGUAUUUGUAUACAGAUGAUGCGUAUGGUUAUAAUUUUUUAGUGAUACAUGAGCGAGUGGUUAUGAAAAAUAUGCCAACUGCGAGUCGGAAUCACGCACCGAGGAUUCAGUAUGAAAAAAAAACGCAAAAUUCACGUUUAUCGUAUGGGAGUCUCCUUAAACAUUUAUUUAAUUAUGUGGUUUAGUUAUUUCGGUAAAUGAAACUCUGUGAAUUUUCAGCUAUCACUGUUCAUCAGAUAAAGCCUGGUGACAGACGGACAACGGAGUCUUAGUAAUAGGGUCCCAUUUUAUAAUUUGGAUAGGGCCUCUAAAAACCUGCUGCUGCGCACAAAAAAGUUUGUGUUCGCCUAUUUGCUUGAUAACCUCAAAAUAAUUAUUUUAAAAUAAUUUAUAAUGAAAAAAAAAAAACAAUAAACUCUUUCAUUGAGGUCUCACAAUUAUUUGUUUUUUUAUUAUUAUUUAAUAUUGUCACUCUAAAAUAGUAGAGAACAUCGGUGGUAAUGGAUAAGCGCUGCGGCCUGCGAUGGUUGUUGUUAAGCAACUCUCGCAACGGUCGGUCACGAGAUGGGUGACCAAAAAUUUAUUAU